AUGAGAACUCUACUCCAUUUGACACUUUUGGCGUUCGCAGCGAUAGCGUCAUCAAUUUCGUCAAAUGAGAAGUACAAUGAUAAUUUAAGCUCACAGUUUGUCUACAACGUGGAUGGUAAGAAGUUACUCGCUACCCCCAGAUAUUCAGUACGCGACGACAAAUCCAACAGGGGGAAUAAUCAAGGCUAUGUAGCAAGAAACAAACAACCUGAAUACAUCGCAAGCAACUCUAAUUCUGAGUGUAAGGAAUCAACAGGCGUAACCAACAAUUACAAACAGGGAAUAAACGACAACGAUAGAGGAGACUACGCAGAUAUCUGGGACCUGUACCACUCAAAAAACUUGGACACCUUGAGGAGAAUGCAAAGUGGUAAUCAAGACAAAUAUGCGAAGAUCGACGUCGCGACCGACCGUUAUAAGAGGAUAGGGCGCCACGGCCUUGGGUUUGAGAGGCGUACAGCAUCUGCACACGGAUUGAGAGUACCGCUCACUAAGGAUCUGUUGCAAGUUGUGGGAAAAGUUCCGGCUGCGGUUGUUCCUGUUGCCCAACCGUAUCCGGUGCAGACGUAUCCGGUGCAGCCGUAUCCGGUGCAGCCAUAUCCAGUGCAGCCGUAUCCGGUACAGCCGUAUCCGGUGCAACCGUAUCCGGUGCAGCCAUAUCCGGUGCAACCUUAUCCGGCGCAACCUUAUCCGGCGCAACCUGUUCCGGUGCAGCCUGUUACGGUACAGCCUGUUCCGGUGCAGCCUGUGCCGGUGCAACCUGUUCCGGUUCAACCAGGUGCGGCACAGCCUGUUCCGGUGCAACCAAUACCAUUGCAACCUGUUGCUGAUACUACUUGGCCAGUGUACCCGUAUUCCUUUUACCCGGUCCGAAGCCAGCCAGCCAACGAUUAUUCCCAAGUCAUGAACAUAUACCCCCAGGGUAGUUUAGCGCAGCCUCAGUACUACUUGGUCCCGAUCUCUAAUCAAACGGCCAGUCAG